CUUUCUUCCCACCCCCACUAGAAUUUAGAAACCUCGUCCGUGGCCGCGUCCUCAAGACUCGGAACUCAGAAAACGGAGUUCUGGCAUUUUCAUUUUUCAGUGCAACUCCGUCCUCCAUCAAUGGCGCUUCCUCGUUCAUCUCACUCGGGAACGCUCUCAAACCCCUAAAAGAGAUCGGAUCUCUAAUCUCAUAUCCUCCCUCUAUAAAACCAUCACAUCUUCUUUUUUUUUUUUAUCGUUUUUCCACUGUCGAUCGACAGGAAGAUCGGAUCUCUUGAAAGAUGCUGCGAUUGAGGGCUUUCCGUCCGACGAAUGACAAGAUAGUGCGGAUCCAGCUCCAUCCGACACAUCCAUGGCUCGUUACAGCAGAUGCGUCGGAUCACGUUGCUGUCUGGAAUUGGGAACAUCGCCAGGUGAUUUACGAGCUAAAAGCUGGCGGUGUAGAUGAAAGGCGCUUGGUCGGAGCGAAGCUGGAGAAACUCGCCGAGGGCGAAAUGGAGCCCAAAGGAAAACCUACAGAGGCCAUGCGUGGAGGGAGUGUUAAGCAGGUCAACUUUUUUGAUGAUGAUGUGCGCUUUUGGCAACUUUGGCGCAAUCGCUCUGCUGCUGCUGAAGCUCCUUCUGCAGUCCAUCAGCACUCCUCUGCCUUUGCUUCUCCUGCUCCAUCAACUAGAGGAAGGCAUUUUCUCGUCAUUUGCUGUGAGAAUAAAGCCAUAUUUUUAGACUUGGUUACAAUGCGUGGGCGUGAUGUGCCAAAGCAAGACCUUGACAACAAAUCUCUUCUCUGUAUGGAGUUUCUGGCCAAGUCUUCUGCUGGUGAUGGCCCUCUCGUUGCUUUUGGUGGGUCUGAUGGUGUUAUUAGAGUUCUCUCAAUGAUUACAUGGAAGCUUGUCCGAAGGUAUACUGGAGGUCACAAAGGAUCUAUAUCUUGCUUGAUGACAUUCAUGGCUUCUUCUGGUGAGGCACUUUUAGUUUCUGGUGCUAGUGAUGGCUCACUUGUAGUCUGGAGUGCUGACCAUGCUCAAGAGUCACGUGAACUCGUGCCCAAGCUGAGUUUGAAGGCACAUGAUGGCGGGGUUGUGGCUGUCGAACUUUCUAGGGUACUGGGAGGUGCUCCACAGUUGAUUACAAUUGGAGUGGAUAAGACGCUAGCCAUCUGGGACACCAUCUCAUUUAAGGAAUUGAGGCGUAUUAAACCUGUUCCUAAGCUUGCUUGCCACAGUGUGGCAUCUUGGUGCCAUCCUCGAGCACCAAAUCUUGAUAUUCUAACUUGUGUCAAGGAUUCUCAUAUUUGGGCUAUUGAACACCCAACUUACUCAGCUCUGACAAGACCACUGUGUGAAUUAUCUUCACUUGUUCCUCCACAUGUUCUUGCACCUAGCAAGAAACUAAGAGUCUACUGCAUGAUUGCACAUCCUUUGCAGCCACACCUUGUUGCUACCGGCACCAAUAUUGGUGUCAUUCUCAGCGAGUUUGAUGCAAGAUCUCUUCCAGCUGUGGCUCCUCUGCCAACACCACCUGGAAGCAGGGAGCAUUCUGCCAUAUAUGUAGUUGAAAGGGAACUCAAAUUACUGAACUUUCAGUUAUCUAAUGUUGCCAAUCCAUCUCUUGGAACUACUGGCUCCAUACCUGAAACUGGAAAGUCCAGGGGGGAUCCAUUGGAACCAUUACAUGUCAAGCAGAUGAAGAAGCACAUUAGUACACCUGUUUCUCAUGAUUCAUAUUCCAUUCUUUCUGUGAGCAGUUCUGGGAAGUAUGUUGCGAUUGUAUGGCCGGAUGUUUCUUCUUUUUCUAUCUACCAGGUAAAGGAUUGGUCAGUGGUUGAUUCGGGUACUGGAAGGUUUUUAGCUUGGGAUACGUGUCGUGACCGAUUUGCUUUGCUAGAGGCUGCAUUACCCCCAAGAAUACCAAUCAUCCCUAAGGGGGGUUCAUCUCGAAAAGCGAAAGAAGCUGCAGCCGCAGCCGCUCAGGCCGCUGCAGCUGCUGCUAGUGCAGCCUCUUCAGCCACUGUUCAAGUGCGUAUCUUGCUGGAUGAUGGAACAUCAAAUGUUCUAACAAGGUCUAUAGAUGGCCGCAACGAGCCGGUUAUUGGCUUGCAUGGCGGUGCCCUACUUGGUGUCGCAUAUAGAACAUCUCGAAGGAUUAGCCCUGUGGCUGCAACAGCUAUUUCUUCAUUUCAUUCCAUGCCAUUAUCAGGCUUUGGAGCAGCCGAUGAUCCAUUUUCUUCCAUUAAGCCUUCAGUUGCAGAAGCUGCUCCACAAAACUUUCAGCUAUACAGUUGGGAAACUUUUCAACCUGUAAGUGGUCUCCUUUCCCAGCCAGAAUGGACUGCAUGGGAUCAGACGGUUGAAUAUUGUGCUUUUGCCUACCACCAAUACAUCGUCAUAUCUUCGUUACGCCCUCAAUAUAGAUAUCUUGGGGAUGUGGCAAUUCCUUCGGCAACUGGCGCUGUUUGGCAUCGGAGACAGCUGUUUGUUGCAACUCCAACUACCAUUGAGUGUGUCUUUGUGGAUGCUGGAGUUGCACCUAUUGAUCUAGAAACAAAAAAGAGAAAGGAAGAAAUGAAAGCAAAAGAAGCACAAUCUAGAGCUGUUGCUGCGCAUGGGGAGUUAGCACUGAUCACAGUUGAUGGCCCACAAGUUGUUACCAAUGAAAGGAUUUCAUUGAGGCCCCCAAUGCUCCAGGUGGUACGAUUAGCUUCCUUUCAGCACGCUCCUUCUGUGCCACCAUUUUUGACACUGCCAAAACAGUCUAAAGUAGAUGGUGAUGAUGCAGUUCUGACAAAAGAGAUGGAAGAAAGAAAAGUUAGUGAGAUAGCUGUUGGUGGAGGAGGGGUGUCUGUUGCAGUCACUCGUUUCCCUGCAGAACAGAAACGACCGGUCGGACCCCUUGUUGUGGUGGGUGUCAGAGAUGGAGUCCUUUGGCUCAUUGACAGGUACAUGUGUGCCCAUGCUUUGUCGUUAAGCCAUCCUGGUAUCCGUUGCCGGUGUCUUGCAGCCUACGGUGACGCAGUUAGUGCAGUGAAAUGGGCGAGUAGACUCGGUAGGGAGCACCAUGAUGAUUUAGCGCAGUUCAUGCUCGGGAUGGGAUAUGCGACUGAGGCACUUCACCUGCCUGGGAUAUCUAAGAGGUUGGAGUUUGACCUGGCAAUGAAGAGCAAUGAUUUGAAAAGAGCACUUCAGUGUCUUUUGACAAUGAGCAACAGCAGGGAUGUUGGGCAUGAAAAUGCAGGCACAGAUGUGACUGAGAUUCUCAGUUUAGCAGCCAAACAGGAAAACCUUGCUGACGCUGUCCAAGGAAUAGUGAAAUUCGCGAAGGAGUUUAUGGAUCUUAUUGAUGCUGCGGAUGCUACUGCACAAGCUGAUAUUGCCCGUGAAGCUCUUAAGAGGCUGGCUGCUGCAGGCUCUGUCAAGGGAGCUUUACGGGGUCAGGAGUUGAGAGGAGUCGCUUUGCGACUUGCAAAUCAUGGAGAGCUGACACGACUGGGCGGGCUUGUGAAUAAUCUGAUCACAGCUGGCCAAGGCCGUGAAGCAGCAUUCUCAGCGGCAGUUUUGGGAGACAAUGCUCUAAUGGAGAAGGCAUGGCAGGACACGGGGAUGCUUGGGGAAGCUGUACUUCAUGCCCAUGCUCAUGGCCGCCCAACACUGAAGAGCUUAGUUCAGGCUUGGAACAAGAUGCUACAGAAGGAGCUUGAACACACUCCAUCAGUAAAGACGGAUGCUGCAGCUGCAUUUUUGGCUUCUUUAGAGGAGCCCAAGUUAACAAGUUUGUCAGAAGCUGGAAAGAAACCGCCCAUUGAAAUCCUUCCUCCGGGAAUGCCGUCUCUCUCAGCACCUCCAAUUACAGUUCAGAAGAAGCCUACUCCCUCCACGCAGAACUCCCUUCAGCAGCCAGGCAAGCCAUUGCUUUUAGAAGCACCAGCUCCAGCUGCACCUCCGCUGAGCACUCCUCUUUCACCAUCAGCCAGUGCUCCACUUUCGACGUCAGUUGGAGAUCCAGUUGCCCCACCAGUGAGUGAUUCACAAGCUCCACCAGCGAGUGAUGCACAAGCUCCACCAGUGAGUGAUAUGCAAGCUCCACCAGCCAGUGAUACGCUUGCCCCGCCAGUGAGCGAUCCACUUGCUCAACCAAUGAGUGACCCGCUUGCUCAACCAAUGAGUGACCCGCAUGUUCCACCAGUGAGCAAUCCGACACUGCCUGAGGAGGCUGCUGCCUAGGUGGUGGUAGAUAAUCGCUGCAUUUUUUAUAUAUAGCUGAGGUGAUUUUGGUUUCUGUAAAAUUUCCCAUUCUUUGAAAUUGGUCUCCAGCAGUCUUUUAUGCCUGAUUGUCUGUAUUGUAUUUCCCCUGCUUGUAGCAUAUGCUGACGGUUUGUCUACGAGAUGAAUUCCUUUGGAUGUUUGAGUCCAAA